CGUGUGUUGUUGCAUAAUUUCUUGUAGAUUAGGCCAUGAGAGCCGAACCGCCAUCUUCCCCGUCUCCGGCGCUUCUUCCACCGCCGGAUCCUCUCACCUCCACGGCAGUUUUUGCUGCGUGGAAUUCGUGGUGAAAGAGAGACCGAGAGAAGAUAAGGGAGGGGAAUGGGUGGUUAUGAUGAGAGGGUAAGAUGCAGUACUAGGUGAACCCCACGCGCUGCACUGCAUGUGCGCCGGCCUCGGCCUGUAUCCGAGUCGUACUGCGCAUGGAUUGAUGUUGGCUGGGCAGCUGGGCAGCUUGGUCUGCUUUAUGCUUCUUUGCCGAGUUUCAGUUUUGUAUGCUCCUGAAAUUCAAAAACUGUAAUAAGCAGGUAGUAUCGUGAGGAGACGAGUCAUCGUCCCGUGCAGCGCCCCAGGUCCUCAUGAUUCGAUAGGUCCACCGCCGUGUUGCAUCAGCCACGCCCGCCUCUGCACCCAAUCGUCACACAGGGGUGCCGCGGCUACCACGCCGACGAGUUGGUCACCUGGUUAGAAAUUAAUGAGUUCUCUAUAAACUUGGAUUUAUCAUUGUUGGGGAGUUGAUCUAGCUUUGUGCCGUAGGUUUUAGCUAACUGAUUCGUGGUCUUUCACCUCCUCCUUCCGAGCCCGUAAUUUCUUUCAAAACUUUAAUAACAAGGCAACCAAUGGGUUGGAACAGCUGCGUCCUGGACUUAUGGUAGGUAAAUCAUUGUAUUCCCUCCGUCCUAAAAUUAUUGUCUUAGAUUUGUCUAGAUACAGAUGUACUACGGAGGGAGUAUUUUGCAGGUGGCUACAUCCAUAGGGCCCUGUUGCCUUUGUUUGAGAAUUCAUGUUGUCAUGCCCUUACUAGAGUUCAACGAACUUGAAGAUAGGACUAAUGAUAUAUAUUAAACUUGCAACGAGUUCCUAUCAGCUAUUGUGCUUCAAUAAGUGGUAAGGAAUAAACAACAAUGAGCUAAGCAGCAUGAAUGACUAUUGACUAGUUCCAAUUUGUUCUAGUUUCUGGCCUUACAAUAGUAGUACUCCCGUCAUCAGCAUGGUGUAGUUUUCCUGCUUUGAAGUUUUGAACCGUAUUGUAUUGGAGAUGAUCUUAUUGGCGAAACAUGUCGGCCUCACAUGCGCCAUCCAAACGAGUACAAGACCCUCUCUAUGUGUUUUGGCCCAAGUCAACAUUGUUUGGUUAGCAGUAUAUACUAGUAUAAGUUUUCUUUCGUGCAACCAACGCGGCGUUUACCUUAGCUGCCCACCAGACGGAUCUAAAUUAUAGCUUGGUUGCUGCUGCGGGGUGUGAUCCACAUCUCCAAAGAGCAAACAACAAGUCGAUUCAUCUUCAACCUUUCGCCAGGUUCGUCAUCUCCCUUAAUUUCGUUUAGAUCGUCGGGCAGGGUGUGACUCCUCGAUUCCAUCCCAAAUCUUGAAUGCAUUCUGGCCUGAUUCCGCAACUGCUCACAGAUCUGGAGAGGUAAGGAAGGAUGAUUGAGGGAAUGGCUACUAACACCUUUUCUUUCUCAGCAAGAUUAACAUCAUCUUCUUUGGUAAGCGCUUGCCUGGGUGUGAGAUAACUCCUACAUGGAUUUUACAUUCGCUUUGCUUGAUACUAUCACGAAGAGUUUCUCAGAGGAACAAAAAAUUGCCAGUGGUGGGUAUGGAGAUAUUUACAGGGCGGUGCAUAACGGGGAAGAGAUUGCUGUGAAGAGGCUUUAUCAUUUCCAAGGACUUGAUGAUCAGCAAUUUCAAAAUGAAUUCCGUAGCCUCAGCAAGGUCUCUCACAAAAAUGUUAUACGGUUAAUUGGCUACUGCUAUGAAUCACGGAGUAAAUAUAUGAAACACAACGGGGAACUUGUGUUUGCUAAAAUGAUGGAGCGACUACUCUGCUUUGAAUAUAUGCAGGGCGGAAGCCUUGAGAAAUACAUCGCAGACGAACCAUGUAGACUUGACUGGCCCACAUGUUAUAAAAUCAUUCAAGGGAUCUGUGACGGCUUAAAUCACCUUCACAAUGCACAGGAAAAAGCAAUUUUCCAUCUGGACUUGAAGCCUUCGAAUAUAUUGCUGGAUAAAAACAUGACUCCCAAGAUUGCAGGUUUUGAUUUGUCUGUUGAUUCAACAGAAGGAACGGACCCGAUAGCGAUGAGAAGAGGAACACUUGAGUACAUGCCACCGGAAUACAUAGACAGCGGCAUCAUAUCAAACAAGUUUGACGUGUUCAGUUUGGGCAGCAUUAUUAUAAGAAUGAUGGACGGACAUGGGGGUCCUUACCGUUAUUCUGAAAUGUCUCCCAACCAGUUUAUUGAAUAUGUAAGUGAAAACUGGAAGAAAAGGUUGCAGAAAUUGUCGGAGCAUUCAUCAUACGAGAUGGAUAUCCUACAAGUGCAGGCAUGUGUUGAGAUAGCAUUUAGAUGCUUGGAAGCCGAUCGAAACAAAAGGCCUAGUAUAGAGGAAAUUAUAUGUGAACUGGGGUUAAGACAGUAAUGUCGCCGCCUCCUGAUCAUAAAUCUAUCUCGUUUGUUCUGAAUUC